AUGCUCUCCUCGUUGCCGCUGCAGAUCCUGCUCUUCUUCAAUACUAUAUAUGUCUUUGUGUGGGCCGCCGCAAUGCUUCUUCUCUUUGCGUGGAAACGAGAGCUGCGACACUAUUUCGGGCUGGAGGUGACGCUCGUCUUUGUCAUGUUUGUCUGCGAGCUCGCCCGUCUCUUUGUCGGCUCACGCGGAAACAAACUGGAGCAGAUGCGCACGCUGCUCCUCUUUGUCAUUUUGACGCUUCCCGUUGCGCUGGGUUCCGUGUACUAUCUCUACCUGCAGAUUUUUGUCACCCGUGCAGACCUCGUCCUAAACGCCGUCUCGGUCGCGUUCGAGGCACUCGAGCUGCUGCUUGCGAUCCCGACGCUUAUGACCUUCCGCCACGCGGGCAAGGCGGGUGGCGCGGGCUAG